UCCGUAUGGCAGGCAGCGGCGUAGCAGUAGCAAGUCCGCAGAGUGUGUUUGUUUGGUUUUAAAAGGUUAACUUAGUGAAACAAAAGAAAUAACUUAGCUGAAACUUCAACAACAACUUUUACAUUUCAUAUACUCCACUUUUUAUGCUUUUAAUCAAAGGAAGGGAUUCCUGUCCCUGUUGCGAGCUUUUGUUUAUAUUGCGCGAGGGAUCCGCGGGACUGGGAGGCCCCUGUCGGGCGCGAGUCGGUAGAAGCGGACGCCGCGGAGUGUGACUGAGGGAAUAUGAAAGAAACGUCACAAUGACAUCACGAUUUGGUAAAACCUACAGCCGAAAAGGUGGAAAUAGCAACUCCAAGUUUGAUGAGGUUCUUUCCAACAAACGAGCAACACUUAGCACAAAGUGGGGGGAAACGACAUUCAAGGCACAGUUGGGCUCCAAAAGGCCUAAUUUCAAACCAGAAAUUGCAGAGAUCCCCAAAAGACCAAAGUAUCAAGAAGACGAAACUUCAGAAGAUCCAUUUGGAUUUGACAGUGACGAAGAUUCCAAACCUGUGUCUUCUCGAAAUGUUUCACAGACAAAGUCUACCCCAGUGAAGCAGGCAACUGAAAUUUUAAAGUCUGAAAAUUUUACUUCAGUUUUGGAAACCAAUAGUGUAAUUAAUCAACCUAUUCCUGCAGAAGCAGUAUUUCCCAGCAGGAUCUCGUCUUUUGAUGCUGUUGUACAUGGAUUGCAGGAAAGGAGUACACACAAAAGUGCUGAAGGUGGAAAUACUCGAGUAUACAGCAGCUUAACCCCUGCAGACAAAACAUCACAGAAUUGGUUUAAUGAAAGCUCUGAAAAGCAUAGCUACACGUGGUACAAGAAUGCAACAGAAAGUGACAAGAGGCCUAUUUCUCAAACAACAGCACUUAAAUCAGAGAAUAAAGACUCUCUUGACAGCUGGCAUUCAUUUGUGGACUUAAGAUCUGACUCCCCUCCUGCAGAUACUUUAGAAGUGAAAGAAACUACAUGGAUUGAGGAAUAUGGUCAAGAAAUAGAGUCAAGUGGAGUUCAGCAGCCAGUUUUGGAUAAUUGUGGUGAUUUAAAUUCAAACAGUGAAAAACUGAGUGUUGAAUUUGAGCUCUCAAGGGAACCUAGUGAAACUGAAGACAUCUCACAAAUUGUACUCAGGCCAUCCAAUUGCAGGACAUAUCGUAGGCCCAAGAAGAGUAAACAGUCCUCAUUAAUGGGAAAUUCUGAUCAGAUAAGUCACUGCACUGAGAAGUCCACAGUCAGAAACAAUUCAACUGCUAAAGUAGAAAGCAAAACAUCUAGCACUGGAAGAGGAAGGACUAGAGACUAUACCGUCUUACACCCUUCCUGUCUUUCUGUGUGCAAUGUCACCAUUCAGGACACAAUGGACCGAAGCAUGGAUGAAUUUACUACUGCAAAUCCUGCAGACCUAGGAGAGGCUGGCCGGCUAAGAAAGAAAGCAGAGAUAGCGUCAGCUAAGCAAAACAGAUUCCGACCCACUCAAAGCAAGUCCAAAAAAGAUGCAAAGCUGGAGUUUUUUGGAUUUGAUGAAGAAAAUGAAGUCUAUGGAAUCAAGGGUGAUGUUGCAGCCUCAGGUGGUGCAAAUUACAAAAUAAAAUACUUUGGAUUUGAUGAUCUGAGUGAAAGUGAUAGUGAGGAAGAAGAUCAUCUGCUUGUACAAGACAAGAGAAAUUCAAAGAAAAAAGCAAUGAUUGAAGCUGCUUCUGUUGCCUUUUCUCUACCACCGCCAAGUUCUCAGCAUUCAGAAAAUGAUUCUCAAGAUAGCCAGACCAGUUCUAACACAGACAUUCUUGAUUUCCAUGAUGAUUCCUUUCCUACAGUAUCUGAAGUAAUGAAGAGAGCUGUGAAUAAACAGUCUGAAAAGACUAAGGAAAGCACUAGGAAGAUUUUCAGUGGACCCAAACGGUCUCCCACUAAAGCUGUAUACAAUGCAAGGCACUGGAAUCGACCCGAGUCAGAGGAUCUUCCACCUCCUCCACUUUCUAGGUCACAGACGGCACCAGCCCUUAUAUCUACAAAGGAAACAGCUUCUAGAAAAGAUGAUGGACUUUUUAAAGCUCCCCCGCCUCCCAGAGUGAUUAAGUCUGUGUCGGUACCUAGCCAGCCCUACCAAGAUAUUGUAACUGCACUAAAAUGUAGAAAGGAAGAUAAAGAGUUGUAUACUGUUGUUCAGCAUGUGAAGCACUUUAAUGAUGUUGUAGAGUUUGGAGAGAAUCAGGAAUUUACUGAUGAUUUUGAGUACCUGCAGACUGGUUUGAAGAGCAGUCAGCCACUGAACACACGAUGCCUUAGUAUUAUCAGCCUGGCUUCAAAAUGUGCAAUGCCUAGUUUCAGAAUGCACCUAAGGGCCCAUGGGAUGGUAGCUCAGGUCUUUAAAACACUGAAUGAUGCUCCACAACACCCAAAUCUAGCUCUGUGCACUGCUUCGCUGAUGUAUAUUUUGAGCAGGGAUAGGUUAAAUAUGGAUUUAGACAGAGCAAGCCUGGACCUUAUGAUCAGGUUACUUGAGUUGGAGCAAGAUUCAUCUGUCACCUUUCAACUUAAUGAGAAAGAAAUUAAUAAAGUUAAAGAGAAAAUUCGUAAGCUCUGCGAAACUGUACACAACAAGCAUCUAGAUCUAGAAAACAUUACGACAGGACAUUUAGCAAUGGAGACAUUACUAUCCUUAACCUCAAAAAGAGCUGGUGACUGGUUCAAGGAAGAGCUUCGGUUAUUGGGAGGCCUGGACCACAUUGUAGAUAAAGUUAAAGAAUGCAUUGAAAACCUAAGCUGUGAAGAUGAUGCAAGUCUAGUUGCUGCUUUAUGGGGUGCAGAAAGAUGUUUGCGUGUCCUAGAAAGUGUAACAGUUCACAAUCCUGAAAACCAGAGUUACCUGAUUGCCUAUAAGGAUUCACAGCUUAUAAUCUCAUCUGCAAGGGGACUGUGGCACUGUGAGGAGAUGAUUCGACGGUACAAUUGUGCUGUCAGUAGCUUCUGUUCAGAAGAUGGAAUAUCUUUGCCACAUUGCAGCACAUCCUGCAAUGUUGGCAAGGCUGUGGAGGAUUGCAUGAGAGCCAUAAUCGGAGUCCUUCUCAACCUUACACAUGAUAAUGAGUGGGGAAGCACAAAGACAGGUGAACAGGAUUCCUUGAUUGUUACAGCUCUAAACUGUGUGCUCCGUGUCCCUCAGUAUCUACCUCAGGAACAAAGAUUUGAUAUAAGAGUCUUGGGUCUUGGUCUACUAAUCAAUCUGGUCGAAUACAGUGCAAGAAACCGGCACUGCCUUAUGGAGAUGGAGACGGAUUCAAUUCCCUGUGCUGGUGAAGACGAUCCAAAGCCAGAAGGGCCAGUGAGUGCUGUCACAGCAUUAGUUCAACUGUUUCUACAACGAGAGCGUGCUGCUGUUCUGGCAGAGACAGAAACUGAUGAUUUUAUUAAGGAUGCUCCAACUGCUCAGCUGGAUCAAAGUGGAGAAUGGCAAGAGACAAGUGGAGAGAUCCAGUGGGUGGCUUCAGAAGAAAACAGAGAUACAAAUGACAAGGACAAGAAAGAAGAGGAGGAAGAAGAGCUUGAUUUGAAUAAAGCUCUUCAGCAUGCUGGGAAGCACAUGGAGGAUUCCAUUGUGGCCUCAUACACUGCACUGUUACUGGGCUGUCUUUGCCAGGGGAGUCCUAUUAAUGUGACUACUGUGAGGGAAAGUUUGCCUAAUGGAGAUUUUUCAAUAAUGACAGAAAUGUUAAAGAAGUUCCUCAACUUCAUGUAUCUUACAUGUGCUGUUGGAACAACAGGACAGAAGUCAAUCUCCCGAGUGAUUGAUUAUUUGGAACACUGUUAAAGAGAACUUAAAACUUUUUUUGGAUUAUGCAGAAGUUGAUUUUCUUGAUACAGAAGCGCAAUGAGGAGCCAGGCCAGUAUACACAGAGACAAGAUCAUCUGCAUCACAUUUGCAUCACAGAACACACCAUUUUGUGCAGAUUUGGCACUCUGGUGGUCUUAGUUGUAUUUAGUUGUUUUUGUUUUGUUUCUUUCCCCCUUCCGUUUGGCAAGUACAACGGUCUGCAAUUAAGAGAAACCUGUCUAAGACUUAAAUUUCAGCAUUAUCAAUUGCAGCAGUGUUUGUCAUAAUCAUCAGAAACUGUCAGUGGUAUAUAAAUGAUUAGUGUCUGCAUUUCUUUUACAUUUAGAGCAUCUAGAAUCAGUUGUUUUGUUCACUUUUUUGUACUUCCUAAACCUCUACAGAAACAACACAUGAUGUUAAUUGAAUUAGUAUUUUCAAAAGGUUGUAAGUUGCAUCUUCCCAUUGCUGCACAGAAUGAGUUUGAACUGGACUUCUUAAAAUUAAAUAUUUGCUGAAAAAUGUGAUAUUGAAAGGUGUUAACUGAAGUGGGUAUACCAAAUAGAAUAUAGAAGCUGAUUGUGUUGAGAGACAAAUAGCUUCUUGAAAUGUUACUCUACAUAUGUGUGUUUUAAUUUUCACUUAAGUGCCUGACUACCCCUUGUUUUUAUAUAUUUUUUUUUAUGGUACCUUGCAGUUAGUCAAGGACAGAAAACGUUUGCCAUAGUUAAUAGGCUGAAAGAAAAAGAUGCAGCCAUAUUGUACCAAAGCCAUUCAUUCUGGAUUGUAUUUUUCUUCCCCAUAAAUAGGACGGAUCUAAUUGUCUUUGUAUAUGUUUCAGAUUGCAGGUCAAUUAUGCAACUAGUAAUUUAAAAUAAAUAUUGAAAUUAUAAGGUUACAAUAAACUGAUUUUUUUUUUUUUAAUGAGUAAAAUUUCAGAGGCAUCAUACUGUGAUUUGGAUAAAUCAGGGUUCAGCCUUGCUAGUGUUAUGGUUUGAUUUAUGAACACAACCCUGAGGAAGAGUAGUCUCCGUAGUUAAUUUGUCCACUUUACAGCAAUAAAACUUGAGUGUUAUUAUGUUAAUCUUUCAAUAAAAAUUUAAGGAAAAAUAUUGAAAGAAAUAUUUUAAUUGUUUAAGGAUCAAAUAUAUUGUCAGUCUUUUAUUUUGUAGCGCCCAGAGUAAAACUAAAUGUAAUGUAAAUAUCUUUUAAAAUUUUAAAGUGGUCUCUGGAAUGCAGACUGUUGUAUGAUCCCUUAAACAAGAGUUUUUUUUCCAGACUCUUCUAGAUUAAGCCCGUUUCUUUAUUUUUAUCGAUAGCAGCACAGUUGUUGUUUAUCCUGCAAUGUGUUUAUCAAGUAGAAUGAAACAAAAAAACAGUUUUUAGAUCUACAAAUUAAAGCACUUGAAUCAGGAAUAUUUAUUAUGGCUUAAUUAGAUCCUAGAAACACACAUUUGUCAUGUUUUAUUUAGCUUUAUCCAUUUUCAUUUACAGUAGUAAAUCUGAUUCCCAGUUUUAGAUAUUACAACUUUAAUGUUUGGUUGAUCUUGAUAUUGCGCGGUUUUAAUCUGUUACGCAAUAUCAUCAAAGUUUGUGAUUCCAUUUAUUACCCUAAAGCUAGUACAUUAAAUUUAACAAAUUGGUUUGCUUAUGCUUGCAUUUCCAUUGGAAAAACAUCAAGUCAUUUCUUAUUGUUUUAAAUAGAAAUUAAAGUUCUUAGUGUGCUUGUUUACUAUGUAUUGUAAAGCUGGGUCCAGAAUUGAUUAAGUCACUAGCUGGUCAAGUCAGCUGUUAAAUCUUGGGUCUAAGGAAAUAGGAUUGUAGAGAUUAUGUACCAGAAUUAUUUUAAUUUUCUAUUUUAUUGACCUAUACCAUUAUGAGUGGUCAUGGACUGGAUUUGUGUGUGUGUGUGUGUUUCUCCCCCCCUCUCCUUUCCCUCCUUUUCCUCAUUUUUGAGGAGUGGAGAAGGGUCGGGAUAGCGGGUUUACUAAUAUAUGUGGCGCAAGGGGAUAUGGCUUUUGUGGAUUUUGCUUACCCAACCCUCACCCACACCCCCACAAAAUAAUUCCUGUACAAUUUAAACCUGCAUUGUUUCACCAAUGCAGAAAUAUAAAUAAUUAUUGUUCAAGGUUUUUGUGACUUUUACAUGCUGGUUCUAAAUAGAAAUCUUUGUAAGCUAUUAAGCCUCUUGUAUUCAAUCUGUGCGAACAUGCUUGAAAGAAAAAAUCUUGCAGCCAAGAUCAGUUCAUAAUUUUGUUUGUUGUAAAAUUGAAAUGAAUCUUUGACUGCAGUGUAUACAGGGGGCUUGAAUAUGAAUGACUUAUUAAAAAAUAAAUACAUGUAAAUAGUUUUGUAAAUAUUGACUAUUGGAAAUUAGAAUCGUAGACUACUUUUCUGAAUCCAAUCCUAUUUUUAUUUUAUACAGUAUUUCUCAGUUGUGCUCUUUGAAGUUUUAAAAAAAAAAAAAAACCCUCAGCUGCAGGAAAAAUCCAAGUUUGUACCAGUUUCAGAAAAUGUCUUUGGUUACUUGUAAAUAAUUUUAACUCAAAUAAAAUUGCUACUUUCAGUACA